AUGGCCAAAGCGAGUUCCGACGUGUCGAUUGUGCGGAAGGGGCUUCCCUGGCUAAAGCGGUUGCAAGGUUCUCUGGAGGAUGAUGACUCCUCGGACUCAUCGCCACAGCCGACACCUAAGCGGGUGGGGAAGAAACAAAAAAAGACAGAAGGAAAUGGAGCCCGAUGUUUUCAUAAGGAGACGCGACUCGAUGACAAUGAAAGCGAUAACGCGUUGUUGGAACAAAGUUGCAUAGAAAAUAAAAGUGGCAUAGAAAAAGUCAUGAAACCACGCGGCAAAUGGUUUGCGGAGAAAAGUCAAAGUCGUCAGGAUUUAAGGAAAUUAAAGGCAUCUGAGGUAGCAACCCAAAGGGAACAACUAGCCCCAAAUCGAUGCGUCUUGAGUCUAUCCACGGGGGAGCAGAUGACGCAAAAUUCUAAAGAUAACGAAAGGAGUCCUGUGCGCGCGGUUCAAGCUGCGCGAAGAGUAUUUUCUGGUAAAGAAGCUGGCGAUGAAGACCAAACUGAGCCUCGACGGCCCCCAAGAUUUCGGUUGGAAGGAGCUAAGAACCAUUUGUUUCAAGCUGUGAAGACUCGCUUACGCACUGAUGAAGUGAAACAGACAGAUCUUUCAGCUCUACUUGUCAAGGAAAUUUCAGUUCUUGGCAACGAUAAUGCUGCUGACAGAAGGAAAGUCAAGUCCCGCACGAUUCUAUCUUCUAGGCAAGCAACUAAUGAAGUCGAUCACAAAAGUGAAACGGUGACAUCCACAGUCAACGACGCAGACAAAGCUUGUUCUACUUCUGCAGCCAAUAAAGGCACGUCUUCGAGACAUGUCAAGCCGACAGAUGUAACGAAAGAAGGGUUUGCUGCCAUGGGAGAAGAAUUUUCCGAACCAGAGGUGAUAAUAGCCAAUUUGAAGUACAAUUCCGCCGGAUGUGGUAAAAGCGAGAUCACACCCCAGCACAAGAGUGAGGAUGCGAAUGAAAUUAAGACAGAUGAAUUGUUUAUUGCUCCUUACAAGAUCGACGAACACCAAAUUGAAACUGAAGCCUCUGUUGAGCCUGAAGUAGUAGCUGAGCAGGAAAAAGCUUCUGUAAAAGAAGAAAAAUUGAAGCGAUCACCUAUAAUUAAAGCAUCGUUGGUAACAAUGGGCAGUCAGAAGAAGUCUGUCACCGAUGCUUUGUUGGAUGACUCGAUGCCGAUUCCGAAGAAGGAAGGCGAUUUGGGCGUGCCCUCCAGCACAGCUUCAUUCGUAAUCCCCAAGCGAAGAAUUGGCAAGGCUGACACCAGCGUCUUAGUAGAACGGUCUGAUAAACCAAUGACCCUAACAACUGAUGAUGGUAAACGCCUGAUGGAACCUUUCGUGGUCGUUGCUGAUUUGUCUUUGGCGUCUUAUAAAUCAAAUCUUGACGCAAAAAUAGAGAAAUACAAAUAUUCGCAUCAAAGGCGGACCAAAAACUCAGUGCCAGUGAAAAAAACUGCAUUUUCGACUCAGGAUCGAGCAUUAAUGCGAUUGUCCAGAAAGCGCAAUUCCAUUUUGAUUGCGUCAGCGGAACUGGCAGCUCAAGAAUGUGAUGUAACGGGCACUAAGCUAGGGCUACUAACACAGAUGAUGGGAUAUGAAGUGUUUGAUGUUGAUGGAUCUACGCUACCCGAUCUUAUCCCUCGUAUAUGCUGUGCUACGAAUAGGGAGAUGACGUCAGAACAGAAGUCAUACUCAUCCUCAUUUUUCGGAGUAUCGCGUAUGGCUCCAAAAGCUGCUUCGAGUUGUGAAUUUGCUAACUGUGGCACUCGAAAAACAAAUUGCUAUGAGGAAUUAUGCUUCGAGCGACUUGAAGACAGAGAAUUUUAUCAACGAAAAAUGUAUGGCUCAGUUUUUGUUCCACAAAAUUUGCGUGGGUGGAUGACGUUGAUAGUUCGAAAUGCGCAUUUUGAGCGCAAAUCAACGGGGAUUCGGUUUAAUCAAGAACGAGAUCGAGAGUCGUUUGCAGCAGCAUUGAGCAAGCGAUACACGCUUAAUAAGUCAGUUCCACGAUGUGAUAUAACUCGCGAUAACUGGCAAAAGCUUAUGAAGGAUAAGCUGGGCACAGUAUUUUUGCACUAUUACAAUCGAGAGGACGCAGAGCAAGCAUCACGAGUCUUCUUUGACGACCUGGGGCAACCUUUGCAAAUCCGAUGGGGCUUAAAAGCUGGUGCAAGAAUUCAAGUAAGCUCCUCUCCAUUUUCUGAACGGAAAUCCCAGCGUACACCACCUCGCUCUACCUCCAGUGAACAUAAUACGAUUGAGUCAUCACCUCUGUCAUUGCAAAAUGGUACAACGCGCGACUAUUUGCCUCGGCCACAAAGCUUGAUUUCAUCUGCAAGAUCUGAUCAUCACUACUCACAACACAUUCAUUGUCAGCAGCUGGUAUCUAGUGAUAGGGACUUGAGGCGGUUUGGGUCGUCUUCGGGUGAACCUAAGCCAUCGCGUGGAUCAUUAGAGCGUAGCUGCCAGUCCCGCACAACAAAUAGGCAACAUCACAAGCAGAAUUUUGAGACAUUUGCACAUCGAAAGCGAGGUGAGUCGGUAUCAAGAAACCGUCAUAUACCAGUAACAAGCUUUUGUACAAUGACCGAUCGUGGCAACGACAAUACUGCUGUUGCAGCUUUCUGCGAUACAAACUCACCGGCUCAGAAGCGGCUGCGAUUUUCACCUCAUCGCUCAUCAAACGCUGGCCAAGCGAGAAGAAAAUUUGAAGGUGGCGAAGAAGGAGAAUGUGAAGAUAAGGCGUUUUAUAGAGUCAAAGGCAAUGUCAAGUACGAGUCUACUGAUCGUGUGCUAAGUUUGGACGAGCGUGAUUACAAUUGUGAUAUACAGCGCGCAAGAUCUCCAUCCAGACGAUGGAUGAAGGUACCACACAGUGGAAGACUACGAGACGGACAAGAUUACUAUUCGGAUAAUGUACGGCACUCAAAGCGAUCUACUCUGGCGCAGCACUUUGACGGUCAGCAGCAAUACAGUCGUGACUCCAGUAAUGCAACGUUUCGAUCACGUUCGCGACCUAGGACUAGUCUGUCAGGUUACAAUGGAGACUACGAAGAUCGAUAUUUUGGAGAUAGUCGAAAGAACUUCCGACGAGCGGAUUCAGCUACGCACCACCGUGAUCGGCGACUCAACGAGGACGUUAAUUCCAGGGCAAUUUAG